CUAUUACAUUUAUUGAGCUAUGAGAUGACAUGUCGGGUGAAACUACCAACUACUUGGGUAUCAUCCUUGCAGUUGCGGGACUCUUCUUUGUCGUCGUCAUCGCCUCUAUCCUCAUGUCCUGUUUCAAAUGCUGCAAGAAGCAUCUGAGCAAGAAGCCACCCCCACCCACCAACUUGGCUCAGCCGCACCGAGCUUACGGAAGCACGGUGCAUAAACCUGGUGCAUUGCAGAAACCUGGUGCAUUGCAGAAAGCUACUGCUAAAACGGACCAAAGACAGCGGAUAGUGGCGCAGAAACCUAGCACAGUACAUAAACCUGGCGUUGCUCACAAAUGCCGCAAUGCACCAGAAACUAAACAAUUACAUGAAACUAUAAGGCAGAAAAAAAGUGAAUUACCCAGUGGGAAACACAAGCGACUAGGCCCAUCCCGGUCGUGGGACUAUAAAGAAUUAGCACCUGCCCCAGACUACAGUCUCUAUAACAUAGACUCACAGAGUGUACCUGAUUUGGAGCAGGAGCUGACACUGCUUCAGAGCCAAUACCACCACCAGCAGAGCUUUGAGAGCUUCCCUAGCUCCUCGGGAGAACAGGGCCUUAACUCCUCUAAUGAGGGACUAUGGCACACACCGGAGGAGGAGAACAAGGUAUUACUGACGUACGACAGGCACCAGUUUGAUUCAAGACAGGCCAGCAAUCGGUGAUUCGGUUGUUCGGUAUUUGUUACAAAAUUUAUUCGGUUUACGUUUGAUUACUUUUAGUGCAUUGAUUUCUCAAACUCAAUAAUUUUGG